GGAAGCCGGAGGAGCCCGGGAGGAAGCGGAGGAGCGAGCGGGAGGCGGCGGCGGCUCCCGUCGGCCUCCGGCAGGACUGAGCGCGAGGAGGCCGGCUAGCGGGCGCGCGCGGCGGAGAGGCGGAGGGGAGGCCGGGAUCUGUAUUAGUCUGGGUUUUCCAGAGAAACAGAACUAGUAGGAGAUGGACGGACAGAGGGACAGAUGGACGGAUGGACUGUAAGGUAUUGGCUCAUGUGGUUGUGGAGGCUGAGAAAUCCCAGGAUCUGUUGUCGGCAAGCAGGGGACCCAGAAGUGCCAAUCGGAGAGAACCAGGAGAGCUGAUGCUGAGCUUAUUUAAUGAAAAGUGCCAGAGACGGAAAAACCAGACAUGAGGGUAGCAGGUGCUGCAAAGUUGGUGGUAGCCGUGGCAGUAUUUUUACUGACAUUUUAUGUUAUUUCUCAAGUAUUUGAAAUAAAAAUGGAUGCAAGUUUAGGAAAUCUAUUUGCAAGGUCAGCGUUGGACAUAGCUGCACGUUCUACAAAACCUCCCAGAUAUAAAUGUGGGAUCUCAAAACCUUGCCCUGAGAAGCAUUUUGCCUUUAAAAUGGCCAGUGGAGCAGCCAAUGUGGUGGGACCCAAAAUCUGUCUGGAAGACAAUGUUUUAAUGAGUGGUGUCAAGAAUAAUGUUGGAAGAGGAAUCAAUGUUGCCUUGGUAAAUGGAAAAACAGGAGAAGUAUUAGAUACCAAAUAUUUUGACAUGUGGGGAGGAGAUGUGGCCCCAUUUAUUGAAUUUCUGAAGUCCAUACAAGAUGGAACAAUAGUCUUAAUGGGAACAUAUGAUGAUGGAGCAACCAAACUCAAUGAUGAGGCGCGACGGCUCAUUGCUGAAUUGGGGAGUACAUCUAUUACUACUCUUGGUUUUAGAGACAACUGGGUCUUCUGUGGUGGUAAAGGCAUUAAGACCAAAAGCCCUUUUGAACAGUACAUAAAGAACAAUAAGGACACAAACAAAUAUGAAGGAUGGCCCGAAGUCGUGGAAAUGGAAGGAUGCAUCCCCCAGAAGCAAGACUAAUGUGGAGAAAAUGGAAGGAAGAAUGCUUGCACUGUUACUGGGAGAGCUAGCAUAGAGGAACUAUGUGUAAAUAUUUUAAGAGCGUGCAGCCAUCUUGGUGUGUGCAUGAGCAUUAUCUCUUUUGAUAUAAGGAUUAUUUAUUGCUAACGUAAAUAGAUAGCUUUGUAAAUAGUCAGCAUAAUGAGCAAAUAACUGAACCAUUUCUAAGCACAUUUCCCCAAUAGUACAGUGUUUGGAAUGCUAUGGUAAUAACAUCUUUUAAUUCUAAAAGCAUACCCAAUGGAUAACUGAACAGAUUGUGAAAAAUAUAUUGAUAUAUAUACUGGUUGCUGUGAAAAUCUAUCACGGAAUAAUAGGGAUUUUAGGGAGGAGACGUUUUUUUCUUUUAUAUAUAUUGCCUUUUGAUGAUAGUAUCUUUCAAAUUAAAAAGAUAUUUGGCUAGU